CUCACCUUAUGUUUUAUGUUUACAUUUUUUACAAGUGGGUGUACAGGUAUACAAAUGAAACACGAAUUUAUUGCAUCAGUAUUAAAAGCAUUUAAAUUUGUUAAUUCUAUUGUAUUUUAAUGAAAACCUUUUUUCAAAAUGUUAAUCGUAAUGUUGGUACCUCUAUUUAUCAUCGCAAUACUUGUUAAAUUUUUGAAACCCCAAAAGAAGUUAUCAAUUGAAGGUAAACAUGUGGUUGUUACUGGUGGUUCUAGUGGUAUUGGGAAGUCUGUUGCAAUUUUAGCAGCGCAAAAAGGAGCUCAUGUAACAAUAUUAGCAAGAAAUAUUGAUAAACUGUCUGAGGCACAGCAAGAAAUAAAGAAACAUUGCGCCAAUGAAGAACUAAUUAUUAGUAAAGUGUCUGUAGAUGUAGCUAAUUAUGAAGAUGUUGAAAAUAACUUAUGUGAAGUAGAAGAAAUUGUAGGACCAAUAUAUAUGUUAAUUAAUUGUGCUGGCAUGGCAAUUUGUAGACAAGUUGAAGAUUUUACCGAACAAGAUAUUAAAACGCUAAUUGAAGUAAAUUUUUUGGGAACAUUGUAUCCAAUUAAAGCAAUUGUACCAAAAUUUAAGCAAAGAAGGGAAGGAAUAAUUGUGUUAACUGGUUCACAAGUGUCAUUAAUGGGAAUGUAUGGUUACUCAGUUUAUGCCAGUAGUAAAUUUGCAUUAAGAGGGCUUGCAGAAUCCCUUUUUAUGGAAGUUAAACCUUAUAAUGUCAGUGUAACUCUUGCUUUGCCUCCUGAUACUGAUACUCCUGGAUUUGAAAAUGAAAAUAAAACAAAACCAGAAGAAACUCACCUUUUAUCUAAUACUGGAGGCUUGUACAAUGCUGAUGACGUGGCUAGAAAACUUAUAGAUGACGCUUUAGCAAGCCGUUUUUUCAGUUAUAUUGGAUUUGAAAGUUUUAUUUUAACAACACUGUGUGUAGGAAUGAGUCCUUUUAGUUCUUUCCUAGAACUACUUCUUCAAUGUGUUGCAUUAGGUCCAUUGAGGCUAAUUGGAGCAUUCUACAUCAUAUACUUUGACAAGAUAGUUAAAAAAUGUUUUCAUAAUAAACAAAUUAAAAAAGAACAGUAAACUAUUGUUUUUAAGAA